GCUGUUUUCUCUAAGUGUCUGAUUCUGCACACUGACAACAAUGCAGGUGGAUCCAUCCAGUUCCAGAACCUUCUGCAGAAUAAAUUUUCUGUUAAAUCUGAAAUGAUCUUUGCAGCGGUAUCUUGUAGCAAACGUGUCUUGGAAAACUUAAGUGACGCUGUGAAUGGCUCAGCAUGCACUAUUAUGCUACUGACAAAAUUUUCCGAAUGGACCUUCACAUGUGUUUCAUCCCUUGUCAAUGCUUCUAACAGCAUCAAUCACAGCUCUGUGAUACCUGUGAGGCUACUGAGGAACCCACUGCGGGCUGCUAACACGCUGUAAGAGGACAGUCCUGGCUUCGCAAAACAAGUGAAGCAAAUUUUCCAGGAGGCUGCAUACAGGCAACA